CGAUACAAACUUGGUUUACCAAAACGUAAUCCCAAAUCCCCAAUCUGAGAGUGAACCGAAACAAAAAACCUAAAUAAUACUCUUCUCCAUGAAGAAGGAAACAAGCGGCCCAGUUCUCCGCCCAUUUCCCGCCGGCGCUCGAUUUCAAUCUCAAUUCUCUUCUCCUGGGAUUUCUUCGUUCGCUGCUUCAACAAACUUCGGCUUCUCUUCCGGAUCCUCAAUCUUUCUCCAAAACCACGAUCACGACGAUCAUCAUCAUAACCACCAUCGAUCCGUUUCUCCUACUCGUGUCAACAUUUCUUCCACUCCCCUGUCUCACUCUGUUCGAUUUUCCAUUGGUCACCGAACCGGUUCGCCGACACUUUCCAACCGGAACUCGCCGGUUUCUCUACCGAAAAAGCCGUGCACGUGUUCGCCGACGACUCACCCCGGUUCCUUCCGGUGCAGUCUACAUAAAAAGUCGGGAAGUGGCAUUCACCAACAUCAGGCGUCGUCGUCGGCGUAUUCAUCGAGCGGUUUGAACAUGCGGAGGUCUGCGAUGACGAACUCGCUGGUGAGAAUCGGUGGGGUUGAAGGAGAGUGGGUCAAGCGAGCGUUGACUGCUUUGAUUCGACCCUCUUCACACCAGUUGAGAAGACGAGCCAAUUUCCGGCCGCAGCCCAGCCGGCUUUCGGUCAUGUCGAAGGCCGAUUGAUUAGUUUGAUUGAUUUUUGGCAGAUUUAAGUGAAGUCAAAUCAUCUGUUAAAGUAAAUUUGUGAAUUAGAUUGUACAAAAUUAGAUAUAAGAAAUGCAAUUGUGAAUACACAUUUUAAAACCGAACUGUUCUUCCAUCGAUUGAAACCGGUUGCCGUUGUAAUUUGUUUGGGUCUGAUAUUCGGUAGCCGUUAUUUUACCGUGGCGACUGAGUUUGCUUCUAUGUCAGGUUAUAUAGUAAACUAAUUGAUUUCUUCA